GUCUGGGCUUAGCCCGCAGGGAGGGCGGCAACCUGGGCCGGAGCUUUUCCUCACGCCCAGGGCGGAGGCGAGGACGCCGGGCCGGGAAGCCGCGGUGGGAUGCGGCUGACGCGGACACGGCUGUGCUCCCUCCUCGUCGCCCUGUACUGCCUCUUCUCCAUCUACGCCGCCUACCACGUCUUCUUCGGGCGCCGCCGCCGGCCGCUGGGCACGACCUCUCGGAACUCCAGGAAGGCGGCGGCGGCGCAGGCGAAGGAGAGGCGCGGCCGAGUUGAAUAUGAAAUUGGUGAAGACAGUUUGCUAAAGAUUUACCUAAUAGGUCACUUAUAUAAAACCAGGAAACAACUUCAGAACUAAAGCGUGUGACCUGAUAUACGUUCUGCAGAGCAGUCCGCUUUGGAGAGUGAAGAAUGGAAUCCUUGGGAAGGAGAUGAAAAAAACGAGCAGCGACACAGAGUUAAGACCAACCUGCAAAUCUUAAACAAAUCCACGAAAGAAAAAAUAGAGCAUAGGGUGCAAAUCUGGGGCAAAGCUGCCAUUGGUCUGUAUCUCUGGGAACAUAUUUUUGAAGGCACUCUUGAUCCUGCUGAUGUGACUGCUCAGUGGAGGGAAGGACAGUCAGUUGUAGGAAGAACGCAUUACAGCUUCAUCACAGGCCCAGCUGUAGUUCCUGGGUACUUCUCCAUAGAUGUGGACAAUGUGGUUCUUGUUUUAAAUGGAAGAGAAAAAGCAAAGAUCUUUCAUGCCACCCAGUGGUUAAUUUAUGCACAGAAUUUAAUGAAAACCCAAAAACUGCAGCAUCUGGCUGUUGUCUUGCUUGGAAAUGAGCACUGUGAAAAUGACUGGAUAAUGCAGUUCCUCAAAAGAAAUGGAGGCUUUGUGGAUCUGCUUUUCAUAACAUAUGACAGCCCCUGGAUUAAUGGUGCAGACAUUCUCCAGUGGCCUUUAGGUGUAGCAACAUAUAGGCAGUUUCCUGUAGUUGAAGCCAGCUGGACAAUGCUGCAUGAUGAGAGGCCCUACAUAUGUAAUUUCUUAGGAACUGCCUAUGAAAAUUCAUCAAGACAAGCACUAAUGAACAUUUUGAAACAAGAUGGAAAUGAUAAACUUUGUUGGGUUUCUGCAAGAGAACAGUGGCAGCCUCAGGAGACAAAUGAAAGCCUUAAGAAUUACCAAGAUGCUUUGCUUCACAGUGAUCUCACAUUGUGCCCUGUAGGAGUGAACACGGAAUGUUACAGGAUCUAUGAGGCCUGCUCCUUUGGCUCCAUUCCUGUGGUAGAAGAUGUGAUGACAGCUGGUCACUGUGGAAACACAACCAGUCAGCACAGUGCUCCUCUGCAGUUACUCAAGGCCAUGGGGGCCCCCUUCAUCUUCAUCAAGAACUGGAAGGAGCUUCCUGCUAUUUUAGAAAAGGAGAAGACUAUAAGCUUACAAGAAAAGAUUCAAAGAAGAAAAGUGUUACUUCAUUGGUACCAACACUUCAAAACAGAACUAAAAUGGAAAUUUACUAAAAUUUUAGAAAGUUCAUUUUUUAUUAAUAAUAAAGUUUAAUUAUGUCUAGUACCAUGUAUUCAUAAGUGUAAAUAGUUAUAGUGCUGUCUAAGCUGACUCCAUCAGCUCCAUCAUGUAACAGACCAAAUACUCUCCUUUGGCUACUACUAUGCACAAGAUUAAAGAGAUGGCAAUAUUUUUCUAAGCUUGAACUGGCAGGAUGGUUGAGUGGUUAAAGGUGCUUGCUCCCAAGCCUGAUGACCUAAGUUCAAUCCCCCGAAGCCACAUAAUAGAAGGAGAGAAAUGAGUCUCACGACUGUCUUGUGACUUCCCCACCAGCAUGCACACAGAAACACGCAGCAGAUAAGUAAAUAAAUAAAUAACUUACUCAGA